AUGGUUCUUUCAACUAUUCUAGCCAAUUGUAUAGUUCUAGCUAUGGAAAUGCAUUUACCGUCGAAUGAUAAAACAGCCUUAUCGGAGAAAUUAGAACAAACAGAAACAUACUUCUUAAUUAUUUUUUGUGUGGAAGCAUUGCUGAAAAUUGUUGCACUUGGUUUCUUGUUUCAUCGGAAAGCAUAUCUUAGAAAUAUAUGGAACAUUAUGGAUUUUAUUGUUGUAGUUACAGGCCUUUUAGCCUACAUUCUCCCAAAUCUUAAUCAACCUGCUGUUCGUGCUUUACGUGUGCUACGGCCACUUAAAUUAGUAACAGGAUUUGAAAGUUUACAGAUUGUGCUCAAAUCUAUUAUUAGAGCUAUGGCUCCAUUAUUACAGAUCAGCUUAUUAGUUCUAUUCGCUAUAAUCAUAUUUGCAAUUAUUGGCCUGGAAUUCUAUUCAGGUGGAUUUCAUAUGACAUGUUUUGAUUUGUAUAACCCGGACUAUUUACCACUUUCUCUACCAAAUAGACCAACAUUAGCACCGUGUAGUCUUUCAAAUGGUUCAGCAACUGGUACAGGAGCUGUUCCACAAGGGGCAUUUUUAUGCCCACCAAAUUAUAUAUGUAAAGGUUACUGGGAAGGACCAAAUUAUGGGAUUACAAGUUUUGAUAAUAUUGGUUAUGCAAUGCUCACCGUAUUUCAGUGUAUCACAAUGGAAGGUUGGACGGAGAUAAUGUAUUCUACAAAUGAUGCAUUCGGAGAUCGUUUCAAUUACUUAUACUUUGUCCCACUAAUAAUACUUGGCUCCUUCUUCAUGUUGAAUUUGGUACUCGGUGUUUUGAGUGGUGAGUUCGCAAAAGAAAGAGAACGUGUAGAAAAACGUCGUGCAUUUUUAAAACUACGUCGACAACAACAAACUGAAAAAGAAUUUAACGGUUAUAUGGACUGGAUACAAAAAGCCGAGGAAGUCAUCUUGGCUGAGGACACAACAACAGCAGAGGAACGAAUGCGUAUCAUUACAGCCCGCCGAAGAGCUGCUAAACAACGACUUAAACAAGCAGGCAAAGAUGCAUCAUUUAAUGAAUCAAAUUUUGAAGAUUCUGAAUUAUUUGCAGAAUCAAAAACCCAUUCAUCUUACGGUGAUUUAUUGAGACGUCGAAAAGAACGUUGUCAAGGAUGUUGGAGGAGAGAAAAGAGAAUUCGAUAUGCAAUAAGAAGAAUGGUUAAAAGUCAACCGUUUUAUUGGGCUGUAAUUAUACUUGUAUUUUUAAACACUGUUUGUGGAGCUAUUGAACACCAUGGUCAACCUGCAUGGCUUUCUACUUUUUUAUACUAUGCUGAAUUUGUAUUCCUUGGCUUGUUUAUUGUCGAAAUGUUACUGAAAGUAUAUGGAUUGAAUGUACGGAUCUACUUUGAAUCGUCUUUCAAUAUCUUUGACUGUGUGGUUAUUAUAGGAAGUUUAUUUGAAAUAAUCUGGGGAUUUUUUCAUCCAGAUGCAUCUUUUGGGAUCAGCGUUCUACGUGCUUUGCGGUUGUUAAGGAUUUUUAAAGUGACAAGGUACUGGGCUUCAUUACGGAAUUUGGUGCUUUCCUUACUAAACUCUAUGCGAAGUAUUAUCUCAUUAUUAUUCCUGCUCUUCCUUUUCAUCCUGAUAUUUGCGCUACUUGGCAUGCAAUUGUUCGGUGGAGACUUUAAUUUCGACGAAGGACGACCUACACAAAAUUUCGACACAUUUGUUAAAGCAUUGUUAACUGUAUUUCAAAUUUUAACAGGUGAAGACUGGAAUACAAUCAUGUAUAAUGGGAUAAGAGCACAAGGUGGAGUUACUGGAGGCGGUGCAAUUUACAGUGUCUACUUUGUAUUAGUUAUGCUUUUUGGAAACUAUACCUUGUUGAAUGUAUUUCUUGCUAUUGCGGUGGAUAAUUUGGCUAAUGCACAAGAAUUAACUGAAGCUGAAGAAGAACAGGCCAAAUUACAAGAAGAGAUACACUUAGCUGAGGAAGCAACAGAAAUGCGAUCGAAUGCUGAUGUGAACAAUAAUGGCAGUGUCAGGAAUAUGCAGACGACAGGAAACUUUGUGAAUAACUAUCAUACUUCCGGUAAUCACGAUACAGAUCACACGUUAGAUACGAAGAAGGAUGAUAUGACUGGAAUAACCAGAAAUAGAACCGGUGCACAGAUGGAUAAUUUCAUGUUCAAUCAUGCGGGUAAUUUAAACUUUGCAUCACUUGAAAGUGAUGAUACAGCCAAGCUUCAAGGAUCUUCACAAGCUCAAGGAAAGCCUGUUUUACCAUACAGUUCAAUGUUUAUUUUUGCACCAACCAAUGCAAUAAGAAGAUUUUGUCAUUUUGUAGUGAAUUUACGCUACUUUGAUCUGUUCAUUAUGAUUGUGAUCUGUGCAAGUAGUAUUGCUCUAGCUGCUGAAGAUCCAAUAUCUGAACAGUCGAAAAGAAAUACAAUUCUUGAGCAUUUCGAUUAUGCAUUUACUGGUGUAUUUACAAUUGAAUUAAUUUUAAAAGUCAUUGAUUUAGGCGUUGUACUACACCCUGGUUCAUAUUUUCGUGAUACAUGGAAUAUACUAGAUGCAAUUGUUGUCUUCUUUGCCUUAGUAGCUUUUGUAGUUAGACUUAUAGAUUUUGUUUGA